GCGAGCAGUGACGAGAUUUCAUCUUGUCAACACUUCAUUUUGGUCACCUGUCUCUGCUUCGCCACUUCUUGUGCCGAAUAUUCCCGUCUUUAAUCGCCGACAAACAUUGAUUUUUCGCCAAACUAAAGGCUUUUUCAAGGAUGAGUGUACGUUAUUCUGUUACCCAUGAGUCAACUGGGAAUGUCUAGAAUCCGCUCCCGCGUAGGGAAGCUUGUGGGAUCCAAGGAAAAAGGCCGGGCCAGUAGCCUGGAUGAAACCAGCACCUCUUCCCCCCCACUCCCCAUGUCAGGGGAGGGUAACAGUAGUGUUGUUAUGCUGAAAUACCACAGGCCUAGGAUGGGUUCACUGGAGGACUCGGACCACGUGGAGGUGAUUCAGACACAGAGCGCUGGACCACAGUCUCCAGGAAAGACCUCCGCACAGGGUUCUGUGGAGAGUCUCCCCGGCUCAGAGAGGGAGAUGUAUGAGCGACAACUGGAGCAGCUCCAAGAACAGCUGGUGGCGGCCAUGAUCGAGAACCAGAACCUAGAAAAGGUUCACACAGAGUUGAAGAGAGAAAGAGACAAAAACCAAGACCUUCUCAGACGGAUACAGGACCACGAGUACAACCAGGAGGAGUCUCCAGCCACACCCAGCAUUCUGAGGCGGCGACGCCCCCUUGGAGAUGUUGACCCUGCAGAUGAAGCCCUGGAGAACCUGGACCAUACCAACAGGGCCGGGGUCCAACAACAUGGCAGACAGCAAACUGACAAAAAGAACAAGCCGGCCGCCAAAGUGACAUUCCUGGAACGAAUGAUGGAGAAAGUUUAUGAACUCAUGCAAGACUUCUCAGAGGUGGCCAAGGAGGAGACGGUACAGGUGGAGCAGGAAGGAGACCCUCUCACAGUCAAGAAGUUGAAAGAGAAUCUCAAGAGAUUCAGUACAGAUUCCAAGCCCAUCUGGGAGUUUGGAAGUUCCUUAUCAGAUCUCCUUGGGUGGAAGACUCCUUCUGCCACCUUCUUAUCUUUUUUUAUUUACAUGUACUUUGCAUGGCAGGGCUGGCUUCUCCAGUUUUUCCUGUUCCUGUGCAUUCUGAGACUUUCCCUCAACUACCUCAUUGCCAAAGGAUGGAAGAUAUCGUUCGAAAUCAUUCCACGAAGAGCACAACCAAAGAAGGAGCCAGAGGAGAGUCAAGAAGCUGUAGGAAUGGCUGACAAGUUCCAACUGGUUUUGCAGGUGGCAAGGAAGGUCCAGAACACAUUGGGACAGGUGGCAGACAGUUUGGAGAAACUCAAAAACCUCCUGACAUGGCAGCACCCUGAGGCCACCCGACAGCUGUACUCCACCCUGUGGCUGGCCUUCCUGGCCAGCUGUAUCAUCCCAGGACAGUACCUGGUACCCAUGUUUGGAGUUGGUCUGGGUAUCAAGUUGUUCCUUAUCGACUACGUGUUCAAGCGGUUCCCGCGAGUCCGGGCCAAGUACGACAACACCCACAGGAUCUGGCAGACCCUGCCGACAGACCUGCAACUGAAGUCAGGCAGCUGGGUCGUGGUGCAGGGGUCCAGAUCAGAGCCAUAUCUGCCCAUCCCGUCCACACCACCGCCGGAGGCCGAUGCGUCAGCUGUGGUUAACAGUGCACCGACCAGCCUGGCCACCACACCUACAGGCACAGACACCAUGGAGUUCCUACAGCUCUUCAACCUGCCAUCUACAGAGGUGCCACAGCAAGAAUGGGAAGAUGGCCGUCACUGUGUGCUGAUCGACAGGGACAAGGGACUCACGUCAGGGGGAAUCAAACAUGGCAGACUUUAUCUCACCAAAAAUUUCUUGUGUUAUGAACGCUCCAAGAGUAAUCCUUCCAAGAAUGUCAAAAUCCAGUUAGCUGACAUAGUGGGACUAGAAAAGGCUAAAGCUCUACCAUUUAUGCCAGGCAAUGGGAUGUCCUUAGAAGUGAAAGUCAACAAUGCAGAAAAGCCGUACUUGUUUGGUGCGAUGAUAAACCGGGAUGAAGUGUAUGACCAGGUGUUGGUGGCUGCCAGACAGGCAUCACAAUCAUGGGCAGUCGAUGAGGAGGAGGACGAAGGAGAGGGGUCCUCGUGAACCAAUUAACCAGGCACUUAACCACAGUACCGUGAACAGCUAUACCCUGUGGACCACGUCGGCAGAACAUACUGCACCUUUGCGAAACCCAUAAUGUAUUGUGCAUAGCACUUCGACAGAACGUCUCAAAUAAGGUCGAAUUCGGGUAUAUAAGGUUAACAUGUCGUCUGUAGUUUCCAAAUGUUGUGUCGGAAAAGAUAUCUUCUGAAACAGGCAAAAUUCUGAUGCAGCCUUGACCAAACAUUCAAUGAAAAUCGUGAAAAAUCAGGGUUUUGUGCAGGAGUAGUAAAUUAAAUGUUCUGCCGAUGUGUUACCCUGUGGUAACAAAAAGCUGUAACAGUUGUGAAGGGGCACCAUGUAGUACUACAUGUAUUCCAUGGUACUGGCACAAUUGUCCCAGUUUUCCUGACGUAUCAAGUAAAAAAAAAAGUAAAUUAGUUGUGGACAGAAAGUAGUCUAGCUGCAGUUUCCUCCAGGUUUUCCCUACAGUUGUGCUUUAAAGGUAAUCAAUGCAAUUUCAGGGCAGCAAAACUGGAUUUUCAAAGUCAAUUUUCUUGUCAUUCUUUUAAUGUAAUACAUCUAACUAAAAGUUGAA